AUGGGGCGGUCAAGGACCUCAAUUGAUAAACGUCUUCUUAUAACACUUCCUCUACUUUCAAAACUAGUUCAUGUACUUCCAAUAAUAUGUACAAAUCUAUACGAAUCAAAAUUAUUUCAAGCUCAUGACAUUAAAUUAACCUGUUCUCAAAUUAUAAUUCAUCUUCAUCACUCUAAAACAGAUCAAGUUAGUCAGGGGACAAAAAUAAAAAUUCCAAAAGCAAAUGGUACACUUUGUCCUUUGUUUUAUAUGUUUGAAUUUUUUAAAUCAAGACCUAAAUUUGACGGUCACCUUUUCUGUCAUUUCGACACUAAGCCCCUGACUAAAUGUCAAUUCACGAGUGUUCUAAACAAAUGUUUGAGGCAAUUAGGGGUGGAAUCUAGGUAUUAA